AUGUUCAAUGCAUUUGUCGUCAUGGAUAAGCCGAACUACAAGUCCAUCCGAGAGAGGAUGUUCGCGAAAAGAGAGAAGCUCCGAUCCAAAGGCGAUGGCGACACUUCCUCAAAAGAUCCUGACGACAAAUUCGAGAACGAGGGCCAGAUCCUCGAAGCUGCACUACCAAGUGCGGUGGAGCAAGAGAAGUUCUGGGAUUGGGUACACGCUGUGGACAAAAAGAGCCGGACAGUACCUGAAGGCGGAACGGCCAAGGAUUACAUCGAUACUCUCGCGAAGACCGACUACGUGGACGACCGAUCUCUCGGAAAGCUUUACAAACGCCUGAGCUCAUACUUCUACCCUUGUAUCCCGAUUGGAACCCAUCAUGGUUAUCGUUAUGCCGUUAGUCCGUGUAUGUUGAUACUCGGACCUGAUGAAGAAAAAGUCAACUGGGACGACCCACGUGAAUUCGCCAGCGAAGGAUUCAUCGCGAUCGAUCUGCCAGCUGGAACGAGGAUCUCGUACACGAGUCCGGCUCGAGAGCGCUCGGCAAGGCAGCAGGAUAAUUCUUCAGAAGAAUCGCGGUUCAGUUCCUCCAGUACCCACAGCAUGGUACAAGGCAACGGUCAUACCGGAUUUGCUUGCUUUACGAUCGGGAAGGUGCAAGCAGUCGACGCAAAGCAUUGGUCCGACGAUGGCAAGCUACCCGAAGGGAAAGAUCUGCAGGAGAUUCAUUGGGAAGAGACAGAUUGGGUCAUGGUCGUUGUCAUAGAUGACGAUGGCAAGCCUGGUUCUGUCUGGCUGCUACAAGACUUCGAGCCCAUGAUCGAAAAUACGAACAACAUCUACAUCAUCGAGCAGUCAAAUACCCACGGGUGGGGCUACUUCCAGCACCAGCUCGACAUGCGUCCGCGACCACAGCAACUUGCUGGUGUGAAGAUUGCGAACAGAGUCAGUGACUUGUCCGAAGAUUUGAAGUGGACCAUGGACGAAUACAUUACGGCGAAGUACGAAAUCGUGCAGGCAGUACUCGCGGAGCGUAAGAACGGUCGGUCGCCUGUCAUCGUCAGACAGCUUCCACUGGACAGGGACGAGGGCCAGAAUUGGAUGGAAAACAGCUCAGGAACUUUGGAAGACGACUCAACGCCGGAACUGUCGAGGCUGCGCAUUUGA